UGACCUGGACAGAAAUAACAUCACCAGGAUUACCAAGAUGGACUUUGCUGGGCUCAAGAACCUCCGCGUCUUGCAUCUGGAAGACAACCAGGUCAGCAUCAUUGAGAGAGGCGCCUUCCAGGAUCUGAAGCAGCUGGAGCGGUUGCGUCUGAACAAAAAUAAGCUCCAGGUUCUUCCAGAACUGCUUUUCCAGAGCACACCAAAGCUCACCAGACUAGAUCUGAGCGAAAACCAGAUCCAGGGGAUCCCGAGGAAGGCAUUCCGUGGCAUCGCUGAUGUGAAGAACCUGCAACUGGACAACAACCACAUCAGCUGCAUUGAAGAUGGAGCCUUCCGAGCGCUGCGCGAUCUGGAGAUCCUCACACUCAACAACAACAACAUUAGCCGCAUCCUGGUCACCAGCUUCAACCACAUGCCAAAGAUCCGGACCCUGCGCCUCCACUCCAACCACCUGUACUGUGACUGCCACCUGGCCUGGCUCUCAGACUGGUUGCGCCAGCGAAGGACAAUUGGCCAAUUCACACUCUGCAUGGCUCCUGUUCACCUAAGAGGCUUCAAUGUGGCAGACGUGCAGAAGAAAGAGUACAUGUGUCCAGGUCCCCACUCAGAGGCCCCAGCCUGUAAUGCCAACUCCCUCUCGUGCCCCUCCACCUGUACUUGCAGCAAUAACAUCGUGGACUGUCGCGGAAAGGGCUUGACCGAAAUCCCUGCCAACUUGCCGGAGGGCAUCGUUGAAAUACGCCUAGAACAGAACUCCAUCAAAUCCAUCCCUGCAGGAGCCUUCACCCAAUACAAGAAACUGAAGCGAAUAGACAUCAGCAAGAAUCAGAUAUCGGACAUAGCUCCGGAUGCCUUCCAGGGCCUGAAGGCCCUCACAUCGCUGGUCCUGUAUGGGAACAAGAUCACCGAGAUUGCCAAGGGACUGUUUGAUGGGCUGGUGUCCCUGCAGCUGCUCCUCCUCAAUGCCAACAAGAUCAACUGCUUGCGGGUAAACACCUUCCAGGACCUGCAGAACCUCAACCUGCUCUCCCUGUAUGACAACAAGCUGCAGACCAUCAGCAAGGGGCUCUUUGCUCCUCUGCAGUCCAUCCAGACGCUCCACUUAGCCCAAAACCCGUUUGUGUGCGACUGCCACUUGAAGUGGCUGGCUGACUACCUCCAGGACAACCCCAUCGAGACAAGCGGGGCCCGCUGCAGCAGCCCGCGCAGGCUUGCCAACAAGCGCAUCAGCCAGAUCAAGAGCAAGAAGUUCCGCUGCUCAGGCUCCGAGGAUUACCUCAGCAGGCUCAGCAGCGAGUGCUUCAUGGAUCUCGUGUGCCCUGAGAAGUGCCGCUGUGAGGGCACCAUUGUGGACUGCUCUAACCAGAAGCUGGCCCGCAUCCCAAGCCACCUCCCUGAAUAUGUCACGGACCUGAGACUGAAUGACAAUGACAUCUCUGUUCUGGAGGCCACCAGCAUCUUCAAGAAGUUACCCAACCUGCGGAAAAUAAACCUGAGCAACAAUAAGAUCAAGGAGGUGCGAGAGGGGGCCUUCGAGGGAGCGGCCGGAGUGCAGGAGCUGAUGCUGACGGGGAACCAGCUGGAGAGUGUGCAGGGGCGCGUGUUCCGAGGCCUCAGUGGCCUCAAGACCCUGAUGCUGAGGAGUAACGUGCUCAGCUGCGUGAACAAUGACACCUUCGCCGGCCUGAGCUCCGUGCGGCUGCUUUCCCUCUAUGACAACCGGAUCACCACCAUCACCCCGGGAGCCUUCACCACGCUGGUCUCCCUGUCCACCAUAAACCUGCUGUCCAACCCCUUCAACUGCAACUGCCACCUGGCCUGGCUGGGCAAGUGGCUGCGCAGGAGGCGCAUCGUCAGCGGGAACCCGCGGUGCCAGAAGCCCUUCUUCCUGAAGGAGAUCCCCAUCCAGGAUGUGGCCAGCCAGGACUUCACCUGCGACAGCAACGAUGAGAGCAGCUGCCAGCUGAGCCCGCGCUGUCCGGAGCAGUGCACUUGUGUGGACACAGUGGUGCGGUGCAGCAACAAGGGCCUCCGUGCCCUCCCGAAAGGCAUGCCCAAGGAUGCGACUGAGCUGUACCUGGAAGGAAACCACUUAACAGCUGUGCCCAGAGAGCUGUCUGCCCUCCGACACCUGACACUUAUUGACCUGAGCAACAACAGCAUUGGUGUGCUGACCAAUUACACCUUCAGCAAUAUGUCUCACCUCUCCACCCUGAUCCUGAGCUACAACCGGCUGAGAUGCAUCCCCGUCCACGCCUUCAAUGGACUGCGGUCCCUGCGAGUGCUAACUCUUCACGGCAAUGACAUUUCCAGUGUUCCUGAAGGCUCCUUCAAUGAUCUGACAUCUCUUUCCCACCUGGCACUGGGAACCAACCCUCUCCAUUGUGACUGCAGUCUGCGUUGGCUGUCGGAGUGGGUGAAGGCAGGAUACAAGGAGCCGGGCAUUGCCCGCUGCAGUAGCCCUGAGUCCAUGGCAGACAGACUCCUGCUCACCACCCCUACCCACCGGUUCCAGUGCAAAGGUCCUGUGGACAUCAGCAUUGUGGCCAAGUGUAAUGCUUGCCUCUCCAGUCCAUGCAAGAACAACGGGACGUGCACUCCAGACCCCGUGGAGCAAUACCGCUGCACCUGCCCCUAUAGCUACAAGGGCAAGGACUGCACUGUGCCCAUCAACACCUGCAUCCAGAACCCCUGUCAGCAUGGAGGCACCUGCCACCUGAGCGAGAGCCACAAGGAUGGGUUCAGCUGCUCCUGCCCCCUGGGCUUUGAGGGGCAGCGGUGCGAAAUCAACCCAGAUGACUGCGAGGACAAUGACUGUGAAAACAAUGCCACCUGUGUGGACGGCAUCAACAACUAUGUGUGCGUGUGCCCACCUAACUACACAGGUGAGCUGUGUGAUGAGGUGAUUGACCACUGUGUGCCCGAGAUGAACCUCUGUCAACAUGAAGCCAAGUGCAUCUCCCUGGACAGAGGAUUCAGGUGUGAAUGUGUCCCUGGCUACAGCGGGAAGCUCUGCGAGACGGACGAUGAUGACUGUGUGGCUCACAAGUGCCGCCACGGGGCCCGGUGUGUGGACGCAGUCAGUGGCUACACGUGCAUCUGCCCCCAGGGCUUCAGUGGGGCCUUCUGCGAGCACCCGCCACCCAUGGUCCUGCUACAGACCAGCCCUUGUGACCAGUACGAGUGCCAGAACGGGGCGCAGUGCAUCGUGGUACAGCAGGAACCCACCUGCCGCUGCCCACCCGGCUUCGCUGGCCCCAGGUGUGAGAAGCUCAUCACCGUCAACUUCGUGGGCAAGGACUCCUACGUGGAACUGGCCUCUGCCAAGGUGCGGCCCCAGGCCAACAUCUCCCUGCAGGUGGCCACUGACAAGGACAACGGCAUCCUUCUUUACAAGGGAGACAACGAUCCCCUGGCCCUGGAGCUGUACCAGGGCCACGUGAGGCUUGUCUACGACAGUUUGAGCUCCCCUCCAACCACAGUGUACAGUGUGGAGACAGUAAAUGAUGGGCAGUUUCACAGCGUGGAGCUGGUGAUGCUAAACCAGACCUUGAACCUGGUGGUGGAUAAAGGAGCACCGAAGAGCCUUGGGAAGCUCCAGAAGCAGCCAGCUGUAGGCAUCAACAGCCCCCUCUACCUUGGAGGCAUUCCAACCUCCACGGGCCUCUCAGCCUUGCGCCAGGGUGCCGAUCGGCCUCUGGGUGGAUUCCAUGGCUGCAUCCAUGAAGUGCGCAUCAACAAUGAGCUACAGGACUUCAAGGCCCUCCCGCCGCAGUCCCUGGGGGUCUCUCCAGGCUGCAAAUCCUGCACUGUGUGCAAACACGGCCUGUGCCGCUCCGUGGAGAAGGACAGCGUGGUGUGUGAGUGCCACCCAGGCUGGACUGGCCCACUGUGUGACCAGGAAGCCCGGGACCCCUGCCUCGGCCACAGUUGCAACCAUGGAAAGUGUGUAACAGCUGGGAGCUCAUACAUGUGCAAAUGUGCCGAGGGCUAUGGAGGGGCUUUGUGUGACCACAAGAAUGACUCUGCCAAUGCAUGCUCAGCCUUCAAGUGCCACCAUGGGCAGUGCCACAUCUCAGAUCGAGGGGAGCCCUCCUGCCUGUGCCAGCCUGGAUUCAGUGGAGAACAUUGUGAACAAGAGAAUCCGUGUCUGGGGGAGGUUGUCCGAGAAACGAUUCACCGUCAGAAAGGUUACGCAUCGUGCGCCACAGCCUCCAAAGUGCCCAUAAUGGAAUGUCGUGGGGGCUGCGGGCCCCAGUGCUGCCAGCCCAUCCGUAGCAAGCGACGGAAAUAUGUGUUCCAGUGCACGGAUGGCUCCUCAUUCAUGGAAGAGGUGGAAAGACACUUAGAGUGUGGUUGCCGCCCCUGUUCCUAAGCCCCUCUGCCCGCAUGCCCACCCACUGCCUCUCAGACUCCAGCUUGGUGGGGUUCGGGACAGCCACGUGGGCCCCCUAUGAGAUUCAGAAUGAAGGAGAGAAAGCUGGAGAGGAAGAGAAAAAAAGAGAGAAUAUUAAGUAUAUUGUAAAAUAAACAAAAAAUAGAACUUAUUUUUAUUAUGGAAAGUGACUAUUUUCAUCUUUUAUUAUAUAAAUAUAUCACACCGUCUGAGUAUAUGUACCAUAUAGUGAGUUAUUUUUACUGUUUUGUUUUGUGAUGUGUAUUUGUCGUGUUUUUAUAAACAGCUGUUUUAAAAUUUUAAGACAAAUAAGACUAAUAAAAAUGGUUUAAACAAAAGGAUAAGAAUAAAGAAAUGAAAGCCUGUCUGAGGAUGUAGGAGGAAGCUUUGAUGGUGGUGAAGCAGUCGGAAAAGGACUCAGAGGAAGAGGGAGAAGGAAGAUUGCUCUUGGUUUCUUGUUUGUAACUGCUUUUUUUUUUUCCUCUCUCUUCCCUAAAAGCACCCAGUCUUUAAGGGCUCUGGUUGUCUCUACCCAAGACACCUAUUGCUUCCAGGAGAAAGCAGCCCUGGCCUUCCUGAAUCUCGCCACGGCUCGAAACAAUUGCUUUCUGCCAGCCGUGGGCAUACUGCAAGGUCUGGGACCACAGGAAGACCUUUCCUCCUUCCUGAGUGGCCCUGAUUUAUGUUAGCAAACUUACUUAGACCUUGCCAAACACUUAAUCUGAGCCUAUUUCAUCAAAUCCUACAGUAGCUCUUCCUGAGCCAGGGAUUUAGCUUAGUGGUACCACCACCUACCAUGCAAGGUCCCGAGUUCCAUCCCCGGUACCAAAAAGAAAAAAAAAAAAAAAGCUGUCUUUUCUCUUGAGUGAGGCAAAGGAAGAAGACAGGGGUCAUGCAGCUUCCUCGGGCCCUUCCUCCCCUCGCCUGCUGAUUUCACGUUGGAAUGAACACCAGGAGAGCAGUCAGAGGCUGGCAUGAAAAGGGCCAGGAGCCAAGCCUCCCGAGGGCCCUCAGAUGUCCAAGAGGUGGCCUCAGGCUCCUGAUCACCCAGGCCACCAUCACAGCAACGAAGACCAACUGCCCAUCUGCAGCACUUUCCAAUGCGCAUCUGAACUAUACUUCACUCACCCGCUGCCUCUCUGGGGAGAGUAGACAACAAGUCCUUUUUCCUAGCUAAGGAAACCUAGGCUCUGUAACUCGCUGUAAACCACCCAUCUGAUAAGUGGAGGACCCAGAACUGGAAUGCAAACCCAGAGCUCUAGAUUCUUCUCCAGACUGCCUGAACACAGGAGAUUUGGGUAGGUUAAGGUCAUCACCUAGCCCUAAAUUAAAAGGAAAGCAGAUGCUUUGCCUAACCUUUUCCCCUGCUCUUAUCUGUUUUAUUCAUUCUUUGUUCUACCUCCCUCUUAAACAGAAAGAUAGUAGAUAGGAACAGGGACUUAGGUAUCUAAGAAACAUGAGCAAAGGCCUUGGUUUUUUUUUGUUUUUUUCUUUCAGUACCAGGGAUUGAACUCGGGUCCUUGUGCUUGUGAGGCAGGUAGUAGAACCAAUAAGCUAAAUCCCCAGCUCUACAAAGGCCCUGUGCUUAAAUGACCUUCUCGGUCCCUGUCUUCCCAUUCUCUCUUCCACCCUCAUCUGCCCCCAGACUCUUACUCAGUACAGGAGCUCAGCUGCUCCCACAUCCCUGGCUAUCAUCACCCACCCUUCCUUUCCCAAGAGCCUCCGCGGCUUAAGACUCAGGGAGGACAGUCUGGGAUCUUUUGGCUCUGAGUGUCCCCAGAGGAACCUAGUUGCUUUGUGGAGACCAAUGGUGGGCCAAAGACUCAAGGCAAAAAGAAGGAAGAAAGAAAAAAGGGAAGAUAGGGGAACAGGCAAGGUGAAGACAAGCAGGGAGGGAUUUUCUGGAGAAAUUUACUUUAAAAUCUGCAUGUGGAUAUGUAUUAUGCUCUGGGUACUGUACCUUAUUAUGGAUUUGUUCAUAGAUUUAUUUAGCAUUGACAACGUGAUAUGAGAAUUGUUCUAUUUACUAUAUUUAUAUACAUUCAUUCAAUUCUCAAAACAAUCUUGUUAAAAACAUUACUGAUCCACUUUACAGUUAAGCAGACUGAAACAGAGAAGGUAAGAAAUUUACCAAAGAGAAGAUACUAAGAAAUUUCAGAGCUAAGAUUUGAAUCUAAGAUAUCAGGCUCCAGAACUUGCUGACUCAACCACUAAAUCACUCUGCUUCCUCUGCGGGACAAACAUAUCCCACCUUUAAGGAAUUAUAUACAGUGUGAGGUAGAAACGGUGAUGAAAAUGGACAAUUAUGAGUUCCCCAAUGGCAGUUUAAAGAAGAGAAGUGCUGUCUAGAGGAGGAAAUUUCCAGUCUUGGGCCUUGGAGGAUGAACAAUUUGCCAGGAGCAGAAAGGGAAGUUGAAUUUUCCCUGGAUCAGCCUAAUAAAAAACACUAAAAUGUGAGAGGGAAAAAAAAAGUCCAGCUUGUUAGGGGAGCAGCCAGAGGUCCUGGGUGGCAGAAGUACAAGAUGCACGUUGGGAAACAGAAAUGGGGUAGAUGUGAAGGUGAGGGGUAAAGCACACACAGCUGGGAAUGCCAGCCCAGGCCACAGAGUGUUUCAGCGAGGAAAAACAAGGCAAGCUCUGACUGAAAGAACUGGUAGCAAAGUAAAGGUUAAUCUCUAACACCCAAAAUGGCCUCGGGGCUCCUGCAUGUUCCCUCUGUGGCUAGAAAACAUAUUUCAAAGUGGAUCCCAAGUCUUCUUGGCAGCUGAGAAGCUCAGCCCUGCAAAGGUUGAGCUAGGAUCUGGCCAACACCCGUCCCAUCCCCCAUCCCCCUCCAGCCCAACCCAGCCAGGCCAGGUUGACCUAAUCCUUAUUCUCCUACCUACACCUUUAACCCUCUUCUCCCCACCCAGUGCAACGUCCAGGCAGCCUGCCACUUCAAGAGCCUUACUUACCCAGGGCCACUGGCAUCCUGGGAGGACUCACCAGACUAGUGGCUUUCUUUCUGCUUCUCCAAGGAUCUCAAAGCCUCCCUCUUCCACUUACCUUCUAGGCUCAUUACUGAAUCUACCCAUUGUCAGCUAAAACAGAAAAAAAAUCAGCUCUGUCUUAGUACAGCUUGCAGUGGGUAGAUUUUGAGCCUUCCCCUCAAUUUUGCAAGCGUUAACUUUAAGAAAUGUCAAGUACAAAGAACAUUUUGUAAAAAUCCUUCCCAAAAUGAAGUAUCUCCAACAAAGUUAAAAACUCAAUAUCUUCUUGAAUGGCCAGAAUUCUAAGAACAGAAAGCCACGUGGACAGGAAAUCAUCUGUUGGUUAAUUUGCACCCUGAAAAGAUGGUGUAGUGUGUGUGUGUGGGACACACAUGUGCAGAAGGGGCCACUCAGCUCUAGUUCCCUUGAGCAGCAUCAGGAAGGGGAAAAGUCCCUCUCAGAUUCACAUGAAGGCCCCUCAAGUAGCUGACAAAAUGAUGUAUUUAAAAGCGCUGUAAAAUAUGACUAAAAACCUUAAAUGUAAGAUGUUGUUAUUGUUACUGUUGUUGAUGCUAUUAUUGACAUGCCAAAAAGCCCUUUUAAAAGCUAAUUUUGCCUUUUCAAUCUCAUUCAUUACAAGGGAUCUGAUACUUCAGAAAGAUUAAGAAAAGACAAGGGGGAAGGAGGGGAGGAGGCAAGGGGCAGACCUUCCAGGACCAGAGAAAAAAAGGAAAAUAGCACUUGGAUGAUCCUCAGAUGAUCAGGACUGGCCAGGUCAGGAAUUGAGGCAACUGUACUGUGCACCAAGACAAAGCUAUCGCCAGGCUAGACCUGAAAGCCAGACAAUCACCGUUUACCUCUGCUGGGAGAAGAAAGCCAAAACAGCAAGUGACCUGACAGGAUCCCAGGUACUUCAGCUGGAAGAACCCAGUGGGUCACCUGGGGUAAUAAAACAAAUAGUGACUGUAUCACAGGCCAAAGUCAUGCAGUCAGCUAAUUAAUGUCAGAGAUUGAGAGACCUAGGUGUCCACCCAGGCAAAGUUCUCCUGUUAUAUCAUAGUGGGCAUCCAGGCAGAGAGGAGCCUAGGAUAGACCUUGCAGCUCAAGAGGGUCCUCCAUCCUCCCUAGUACAUAUCUCCUGGCGAACCCUCAAAUGGCCAAGAAGCUGGAGGCAAAUCAGCUUUGAUGGGAUCAUGUUUUCCAUGUGGGUUAAACAGCACCAACCAAAACAGCCGGGAACAACUGGUUAAAGAUCCCAGCUAUCAGGACCAAUAAAGGCAGAAUCGGGCAUUUGGCAAUGCUUAUUUCUCUUAACAAUAGAUUCAGUAGGAAAAUUUUAAGACUUUUUAAAAGCAAUGUGAUAGUGCCCCUUUCCCGGAAUGGAAUAAUGUGCAUUCUUUUUCUCAACAGAUUGUCAUAUUCUGAUAUCAUUUAAAUAAAUGGGUGAGUCACA